AUGGGUCAUAUGAUGCAAGAUUGUCCAAUGUUUGGGCAACAAAAAGGUAAUAGGCCAACUGCUAGUUCAGCUGGUUUCACUCCUUCAAUAAAGACCCCGACAAGGCCUACUACUUCUAGAGAUAAUGUUAGGCAAGGAAGAGUCUUUGAUCUUAUUCUAGGUGAUGUCCAAAAUUCAGAUGCUAUGAUUUUAGGUACGCUUUCCGUCAAUGGCCAACUUACUCAUGUGCUACUUGAUUCAGGUUCCACUCAUUCCGUUGUCUCGAAAACUUUUGCUCCUAAUUUGAAUAGAUCUAUGGAACCCUUGAAUUAUGUGUUGUAUGUGUCUCUCCCAUCUGCGGAUUAUAUGUUAUGUGCUUUUAUGUAUCCUGCAUGUGAGCUUUUACUUGGAGAUAUUUCAUUAUGUGCUAAUUUGAUGCCUCCUGAUAUGGUACACUUUGAUGCAAUUUUGGGAAUGGAUUGGUUAGCUAAGUAUCAUGCAACCAUCGACUGUGUGUGUAAACAAGUUGUUUUCCGUCCAUCGGGUCAAGAUGAGUUUACUUUUGUGGGACAUGGGAUUGUUAGUGAGUUUCCGGAUGUAUUUCCCGAAGAAUUGCCAGCGGACUUGAGAGACCCUGAGAUUGAAUUUGUUAUUGAUAUUGUGCCGGGUACUCAACUGAUUUCUAAGGCUCCGUACAGAAUGUCACUGGCAGAAAUGAAGGAAAUGAAAAUAUAG